AUGAACCAGCUCCGUAAAUGCCAGAGCGUGAACUUCGACUUGCAUGGCAUGAGCCAGCAAGGCUCAGAACGGCUCUCCUACCCAGUCACUGAGUUGCAGGCAUAUCCCCAGAGUUUGCCUAUCCAACCGAGCGUCCCAAGCCUACAAUUCUCGCCGCCGCAGAGAGCCGAGAUCUUAUCUACAGAUCGUCUUUCGGUCCCACCUCGGUUACUUGAGGCGAAUGGGCCUAUAUCGCCACUUUUCCUUGAUACUCAAGAAGGCGGCAUCGACCACGCUCUUAAAAGCGAGACCAUAUCAUCGCCUAGAUCUUUCUUCGACCUCGAUCAAACAGAUAAAUAUGACCUUACCCCGUUUCAUGACCUUGGAAUAGACGAUGAUAGCUUGCGAUAUGACGACGCCAAGAAAGUAGUCGAGGGCAGUAAAGAAUUGCAAGGUGGAUCUGCUAGAGAAGAACAGGAGCCGGAUGAUAAUGGGGUUGAAAAGGCCAAUCUGCCUAAACGGCUAACCGACGCUAUUCAAUUGGUAAUCAUGGACCAACAAAGGGUAUCUGGGAUGCGAAUCCAACUCAGCGAGAUGCGCUCGGGACUCAACAGAAGUAGGGAUGUGCAAGUAUCGCAGUGGGCAGACGCUGCAAGGGAAUUGAAGGUUUUACUCAGCAAGACGCCAUUUGAAGCACCGGAUCCUGCUUCUAUAACCACACAGUUACACACUCUUGAAACAAUAAAAAAGUAUUCGGAUGACUACCUGAAGCAGGAAAACGAUUACCAGGACUUUCAACGACAGUUGGAAACAGAGGAACACUAUUUGCAGCGGAGGGAAACUAAGCUCGCCGAGCUAUUGCGACUUUCCUGGGAGUCGCAGGUUCAGGAGUUGGAUACACACUCCGCGGACAGCCGUUUCGGUGUUCAUAGGGGAACUUCGCCUACGUGGACUCUGGCUGAUGAUAAUUCAGACUAUGCGAGCACAUCAAGUAGUAGCCAUAAGGGCAUGCACCCGUUGGUUGAAAAGUAUCUUUCUAGUAUGGGCGACGUGCGGAUCUACCGUGAGCGCUUAGACGACCUUUCUGUCGAGUAUACGGAAGUGAUUGAAAGACAAGCGUCACGGAAGUUAGUAAACCUACCACUCGACCAAGAAUCCCAGGAAUUCCUCUCCAACUUUGAGACGGAACGCCACGAGCUUGAAAGGAUAUUAAAUGAUAAAAUAGAGGCAGCAGAAGUAUCGCGACUACAAUGCGAGAGAGCGGGUGUCUCCUUGCCAGCAGAUAUUCAAGCAGAAGGACUUAACACCCAAUUUGACAUGGCCAUCAAACAAGGGCUUCCACUUAAUAGAGAUCUCUUGUGGUUAUCUGAACUGGACGACUGCAAUCCCUUCUUCGAACUGGCAAAUUCGGGAAAAUUCGAUGCGUACCAUUUCAUCAACCUCUGGAUAUUCCACCAGUUGAGACAUUCCACAUCUUUCAUUCAUCGGUUCAAGGCCAAUCCACGUCUUCAAAGCCCUGGCCUUGAUGAUGAUGCUCUCAGUCAGUGGGUAGUCAGAUUGUGGUUUCAAGAUUCGAUUCGAAAGAUUACUCCCCCAUUGCGGACAGCAUCAGAAAUUGAUGCGGAGUAG